AUGCUGCGAGUCAGGUGUCUCAGAGGAGGUAGCAGGGGGGCCGAGGCCGCCCAUCUGAUCGGAGCUAUGGUUGGUAUUUAGUUUCUGUUUUUUGUUUAUUCAGAAAUGUACAAAAUCAUAAAAUGUGGAGAUGUAUCAGGGGAGCGCAGCUGCGGCAAACAGCUGUUAGCUGUCACUCAGAAAAGUGGACACAUUUCAUUUCAGUUUUUUACAAUCUGAAGAUUUUUUUUUUUUUUAUUGAGUUUGUUCUGAUUAAUUUGAACAUUCUUCUUUCAAAUAAAAUGAAUUGGCUAUUUUUUCCACUUUCUUUUCACAGCAAAAUGCUCAAUUAAAUGUAGGCCUACCAAUCAAAAAGCAGGUCAUUUUCUUUCAUGACUUGAUUUUGUCCGGACAUAGACAAGUUUUUGUUUCAAAUAAAACGAAUAGAGCAGCAUUUUUUGCCUCACUCAAGAAUUUCGCUUGCUGUUCUCUGGAAUUGUGAAUUAAGUAAAAUCCUUCUCUGCACGAAGUAGAAUGCAAAAUUGAUACAGAAAUUAAAACAUUAAUUUAUGGAUUUAUUGGAAGAGAAAGUUUCUGCUUUAUUUGGAAGUGUUUAAGAGAAAAAUGUGUCCGGCAGCAUAUUUUUGCGCGUGAGUGACAGUGGACAGCUGUUACAGACAAUGGAGCUGCCCUCCCUGAACCCACUGACACCGAGAGCUGCGCAUGUGCCCGCAGACCCCUUGAAAUUAUAUCUCCAACUGAGAUAACUGCGUUUAUCAAGCGCACCUUGACUCAAACCCUUUAGGCCUUAUCGAACAUUAGGCUUUAACACCUUAUGCUGACAAAUGGUUUUCCUUUUGACUUUGUGAUGCUUCUGUCUUUGUGUAAUGUAGAAUGUGUAUGAUAAGGCUUACUGUAAGAGAUGAAGCUAACAGGUCAUUUAGUCCUAGGUCUACUUAUCUUUAAACCCUAGUUCUCAUGGUCAUGACUUCAAAAAUCCCCUCAGUUAAACUACUGAUUGGAAAAGUAUAUUCAAAAAUCCACACGGAAGCUUAACAUCUUAAUCAUUUUGAUUUGUGUGAAUGUAAUGUUAUGGUAAAGCUGUGAACGGCCCUGUAAUAAUGUGUUGCGUUGGGUAGCCGACAGUGUGACCCAGUGGCAUACAGCAGUUUCGCGCCCCGCAAGUUCUGAGCAACACAUGUUUUUUUGGGGGGUGGAAAACAACUAACUUCCUACAAUUCUACACAUUUUGCCAUGGGGAAAAGAUAACAACUUUCAGUUUUAUAUCUAAUCCCAUGCUAUUGUACACAUUUUGCCAUGAGGCUGAGAGAAAAUGUUGCAGCUAAUUUCCUGUCUCACUUUUUUUUUGCAAUGAUUGCGGAAGGCUGCGGGGGUGUGUGGACACCAGUGGUGUGACCACACCGUGACAUGAGAGCAGAUGAUACUUAUACAGCUUUUCAUCUUUCUGCAGCUCGGCCGCGCGGUGACUGGCUGGGUGCAGGGCGUGUUCCAGAGGACCUCGAGUUCCGCCGCUGCCGCGUCCGCCGCGCAGCCCCAACGCGCCCUGGAGGAGGACGCUGUUACUGAGCCUGCGCAGCAGGAGUGCCCUGUCUGCGCCUACAACGAAUGGGACCCGCUCGAGGAGGUGAUUGUAGGCCGCGCCGAGAACGCGCGCGUGCCUCCUUUCACUGUAGAGGUCAAGGUAAGGUGAUCAAAUCAGAACUCACAAUUAUGUAGAACAAAUCUACACUAUUAUGUUCAAACUAAAAUGCAUGCGCCAUAAAAUAUAUAAAUAUAUUAUUGCACUGAGUUGAUGAAAAAUUAGCCUAUCGCAAAUAGCAACAGCUUCCUUACAAAAUACAUUCACAUCUUAAUGGGACUCACCUGCUUAAAUAAAAUAUAAAUCAUUUAAGUAAACUAAUGAAUGAAGAACCCAUAGUGAUGUAUUAAACUCUUUCAACAGGCUAACACAUAUGAGAAGCAUUGGCCCUUCUACCAGAAGUAUGGGGGCCAAACCUUUCCUGAGGACCACUUGAAGAAAGCUGUUGCUGAGAUUGAGGAAAUGUGCAAUAUUCUCCGCAUGGAGGGAGUCACAGUUCAGAGACCCGAACCCAUGGACUGGUCCUUCGAGUACAAGACUCCAGACUUCAACUCUACUGGUAGGCAGAGGGGAGCGCUACGGGAUUGAUUGAUUGGUUAAUUGAUUGGUUGGUUGAAUGAUUGAUCGUUUGUUUGUUUGUGUGAAUGGGUGAUUAAGGGAUUGAUUGUUUGAUGGAAGAUUCACGACCUGAACAUUGAGAUUGAGUAAAAACCCUGUGUGUCUCUAACAUGUCUACUCAUAUCUCCUCUUCUCCCCCCCCCCCCCCCCCCCCCCACCUCCCACGCCCCCAGGCAUGUACGCUGCCAUGCCCAGAGACAUCCUCAUGGUGGUGGGGAAUGAGAUUAUCGAAGCCCCCAUGGCCUGGAGGUCCCGCUUCUUUGAGUACCGGGCCUACAGACCACUCAUCAAGGAGUACUUCAGAAAGGGUGCCAAGUGGACCACCGCCCCAAAACCCACCAUGUCUGAUGAGCUGUACGAUCAGGUGAGGUGUUAGAUGGCAUCCUGACCACGAGAGGAGCUCACUCACUUCCGAGUCCCUGGUCCUGUAGGGAUCACACAUACUAAACAAGCGUUCACCGUAAUGUAAGUUGCUAUUACUAUACCUGGUAUAUAUUACUCAAACUGUGCUUUGGCCUUAUCUCAUAUCUCAUGCUAUAAGUGACAUACUACCCAUGAGAUUAGGCCCAAGCUUAGUGUGUUUAUACUACCCAUGAGAUUAGUCCCAAGGACAGGGUGUGUAUGUUAGUCAUGUGGCAAGGGGCCAUUUUAAAGGUACACCGUUCAUACAUGAUAACUUAAUGGAUGUAGAUCUCCCCCCCCUCCCCCUCCCUCCCGCCCCCCCUCCCCCCCUCCCCCCUCCCUCCUCAAACUGAGACUCAGUGAUGUGACAUUGCCACAAGCAGCAGGGUGAACCAAAGAUAUUGCAUAUGAGUGUGAUGCAAGAAGAUGCACUCACACAGAGCUAUUCAUUGUAAAUGUUUGUAGGCCUAUGUAGCCAAAUUGUAUCUAUGAUCGUACGCUAUCCAUUCAUGUUUUUUUGUAUGUUCUGUUUAUAUCUGUGAAUUAACCAAUGAUAUCAGGCCACACCCGGCCAUGAUUACAGACACCUGUGUGUGUCCUUUGACACUAUAUAAACUAGUGACCCGCAGUGUUUGUCAUUAUACCCUGAUGAAGACAGCUUGUCUGUCCAAACGUUGGUUAUUAGGUUAUUCAAUUAUUGCAUCUGAGCUCCUAGAGUGUGCGGAUCUCCUUUUCUUUAUCAAGCACUCACACAGAGUAUCUACACCGGUACGCUUCACUCUGCUGCAGUGUGAGAGCUGCAGCCUGCCAACAACGGUGGAGAAGUUUAGCCUCGUGCUUCAACACUCUUAGCUGUUGCGGAUAUCGGCCCGAUACUGCUGUUUACUUUGUUUAUCACUGAGUCUACCUUUAGACCUGUCAGUCUCUGACCUCUGUCUGACCCCCCUCCCCCCUCCAGGACUAACCCGUCUCUCUCUCUACCCUGUCUGUCUCUCUAACCUGUCUCUCUCUCUCUGUCACCUUCCAGGACUAACCUGUCUGUCUCUCUAACCUGUCUCUCUCUCUGCCCCCUCCAGGACUACCCUCUGUAUCUCUAACCUGUCUCUCUCUCUCUGCCCCCUUCCAGGACUAACCUGUCUGUCUCUCUAAUCUGUCUCUCUCUCUGCCUGCCUCCAGGACUAACCUGUCUGUCUCUCUAAUCUGUCUCUCUCUCUGCCUGCCUCCAGGACUACCCUGUCUGUCUCUCUAAUCUGUCUCUCUCUCUGCCCCCUUCCAGGACUAACCUGUCUGUCUCUCUAACCUGUCUCUCUCUCUGCCCCCUCCAGGACUACCCUCUGUCUCUCUAACCUGUCUCUCUCUCUCUGCCUGCCUCCAGGACUACCCUGUCUGUCUCUCUAACCUGUAUCUCUCUCUGCCCCCCUCCAGGAUUACCCUGUCUGUCUCUCUAACCUGUCUCUCUCUCUGCCUGCCUCCAGGACUAACCUGUCUGUCUCUCUAACCUGUCUCUCUCUCGCCCCACUCCAGGAGUACCCCAUCCGUACGGUGGAGGACAGACACAAGCUGGCUGCCCAGGGAAAGUUUGUCACCACCGAACACGAGCCGUGCUUCGACGCGGCUGACUUCAUCAGAGCUGGCAGGGAUCUGUUCGUCCAGAGGAGUCAGGUAUGGAGGCCACAAUGCCAAUAGCAUCACGCUGUGUUCAUCAGAGCUGGCAGGGAUCUGUUCGUCCAGAGGAGUCAGGUAUGGAGGCCACAAUGCCAAUAGCAUCACGCUGUGUUCAUCAGAGCUGGCAGGGAUCUGUUGGUCCAGAGGAGUCAGGUAUGGAGGCCACAAUGCCAAUAGCAUCACGCUGUGUUCAUCAGAGCUGGCAGGGAUCUGUUCGUCCAGAGGAGUCAGGUAUGGAGGCCACAAUGCCAAUAGCAUCACGCUGUGUUCAUCAGAGCUGGCAGGGAUCUGUUCGUCCAGAGGAGUCAGGUAUGGAGGCCACAAUGCCAAUAGCAUCACGCUGUGUUCAUCAAGCGGCAGGGAUUGUUCGUCCAGAGGUCGGGAGCCACAAUGAAGCUCACGCUGUGUCAUCAAUGGCAGGGAUCUGUGUGUUCUCAGAGAGAGUUCAAGGUCGGUAUGGAGCCACAAUGCCAAUAGCAUCACGCUGUGUUCAUCAGAGCUGGCAGGGAUCUGUUCGUCCAGAGGAGUCAGGUAUGGAGGCCACAAUGCCAAUAGCAUCACGCUGUGUUCAUCAGAGCUGGCAGGGAUCUGUUCGUCCAGAGGAGUGGUACGAGGUGCCACAAGCAUCAUGCCAAUAGCAUCACGCUGUGUUCAUCAGAGCUGGCAGGGAUCUGUUCGUCCAGAGGAGUCAGGUAUGGAGGCCACAAUGCCAAUAGCAUCACGCUGUGUUCACUCCUUACUGAAAAGGGUUGCGGAGUGUGCAGCUUAGGUUCAGCCUUUUGAUAUUUUCUUAGCACCAGGCCAAUGCUUUCCCUCAUCAGAGAGACAGGUCAUAUGUAUCUAUCUCAUCAGAGACCAGGCAGUGUUUCUAUCUUCAGUCUGCUACAGAGAGCAUAGAUAGAUAGAUAGAUAGAUAGAUAGAUAGAUAGAAGAUAGAUAGAUAGAUAGAUAGAUAGAUAGAUAGAUAUUGAUAAUAGAUAGAUAGAUAGACAGAUAGAUAGAUAGAUAGAUAGAUAGAUAGAUAGAUAGAUAGAUAGAUAGAUAGAUAGAUAGACUAGAUUAGAUAGUAGAGAUAGAUAGAUAGAUAGAUAGAUAGAUAGAUAGAUAGAUAGAUAGAUAGAUAGAUAGAUAGAUAGAUAGAUAGAUAGAUAGAGUACUUGCCCAACAGAAGCCUACACUGCCUAGCUGCAAUUAGAUCCCCAGUCUGUUGCAAGAAGCAAGCCGACAGAAGCCGAAAGGACUGGUCUUUAGACUGAUUCCUGGGUCACUGAACACAUUGAGUCCCCGUUGAGGCCUUUAGUGUUUGUCAAUGACCAAGUUCAGAGCCACUAAUUAACACAAUUACAUAAAGGCCUAGAGGCCUACGCCUGGACCAGCUCUGUGGGACCACAGGGUUAACUAGUGAUGGUAAUGAAUUGGGUAAUGCAACACUUUAUUUUAUGUCCCAGUCUCAGAAAGUGUUUACCUGGUAUUUACAAGUAAACUAUGUGAUAUCAAUAGGUACUUUCUGGAACAUACUGUUGAAGAAUUCAACGCAAUGGGUAACUAACUACCUGGUACCAAAUGGUGUAUAGUUAUUAGUACUAGAUAUUACUAAGCCAUUAUUAGGUAUCAUUUAACCACGUCAUUCCAAUUUAUUGUUGAUUGAUUCCAGUCGUUAUUUCUCAAUUUCCAGGUUACAAACUACAUGGGGAUUGAGUGGAUGCGUCGGCAUCUUGCCCCGGACUACAAGGUACACAUCAUAUCGUUAAGGCCCAACCAUUGCUAUACGCCCUUCAACAUCAUGCCGGGAUGGUGCUGCCACUGACCCCUUGUCCAAGGUCAAGUAAGGCAGAGCAAUGAGCAAAGGGAGGUCUUGAGGAGUGGUGGGGGGUCAUGACCUGGCCCAGGAGGCGAGGGAGAAUGGACAGAGGGAGGAGAUGGGAAGAAGGGAAGGAGGGGGGAGAGCGGGAGCGGGAAGGAGAGGGAGAGAGGGGGAACUAGUGGAUGGAGGAGGGAUUUGGGGGGUUGCAAAGAGAGCAGAAGGGAUGAUGGAUUAAGGAAAUGAGAGAGAUAACAGAUAGGUGAUGGAGAGAGACGGAAGAGAUAGAGAGGGAAGGGAGCGAUGAUGUAGCCAAAUGGAGGAUGAGAAGUACAGAUGAAAUAGAAGGAUAUUAGGUCAGUUUACAACUGAAUGCAUUACUGGAAUGAUGUCUUCCACAAUAGUUACCAAAACCAGGUUAAACUAAGAUGAGAGGAGGAGAGUGAGAGUGAGGAGUCAGGAUGAGAGAGGAAAGAGAGAGAGAGAGAAGAGAGACAAAGAGAGGAGGAGAGAGAAAACAAGAGAGGGAGAGGGAAGAAAAAGAGAGGAGAGGGAUGAAGAAAAAAGAGAGGAUAGAAGAAUGAAACAAGAUAGAUGGAGAGAGAGAAACAAGAGAGAGAGGAGAGAGAAACAAGAGAGAGAGGAGAGAGAAACAAGAGAUAAACAAGAGAGAGAGGAGAGAGAAACAGAGAGGAGAGAGGAGGAGAUGAAACAAAGAGAGAAAUAAAGAGAGAGAGGAGAAAAAGAGAAACGAGAGAAAACAAGAGAGAUGGAGAGAAAACAAGAGAGUAGAGUAGUAGAAGAGAUGAGAGAGAGAAACAAGAGAAAGAGAGAGAGAGAAGAAAAGAGGAGAGAGAGAAAACAAAGAGAAACAGAUAGAGAGAGAGAGAAACAAGAAGAGAGUAAACAAGAAAGAGGAGAUUAGAAAACAAUAUCAGAGAGAGAUAGAGAGAAACAGAGAAGAGAGAGAGAGACAAGGAAGAGAGAGAGGAGAGAGAAACAAGAGAGAGAGGAGAGAGAGAGAGAAACAAGAGAGAGAGGAGAGAGAAACAAGAGAGAGAGAGAGAGGAGAGAAACAAGAGAGAGAGGAGAGAGAAACAAGAGAGAGAGAAGGAAAAAGAGAGAAACAAGAGAGAGAGAAAAAAAGAGAGAGAAAGAAAACAGAGAGAGAGAAGAGGAAACAAGAGAGAGGAGAGAGAAACAAGAAAGAGAGAGAGAACAAGAGAUAGAGAGAGGAGAAACAAGAGAGAAGAGAGGAAGAGAGAGAGAGAGAAGAAACAGAGAGAGAGAGAGACAGAGAGAACAAAGCGAGAGAGAGAGAGAAAACAAGAGAGAGAGGAGAGAGAAACAAGAGAGAGAGGAGAGAGAAACAAGAGAGAAACAAGAGAGGAGAGAGAGAGAGAGAGAAACAAGAGAUGACCCUCCUGACCAGUUUGACCUUUCCCCCUGUAUAUACAGUCCUGCAGUGCCCUCUAGUAGAGUGAUGCUGUAACCGAUACAACUCUACAUGGGAAGAGACUUCUGUCUGACCCACAGCAUCUCUGAUUUCUCUCCUUCAGGUGGAGAUGUUUGAGAAGGCCGGGUGGACCGUGGUGAAGCCUCCAACUCCUCUGAUUCCAGAUGGUAUGAUAUUGUUGUUGUUGUUGUUAUUGUUAUUGUUGUUGUUUGAGAAUUCAAGACACCUAUCAACAAAAGACAGCCCUAUUUCUAGCACUUCCUGAUUUGUUGAUAGACAACUGUCGGUGUGGUCUUUUCAUGGUGUGAUGAUAUCUACGAGUGUCUGGUUAGUACAUCUACCUGUUCUCCCAUCAGAUCACCCUCUGUGGAUGUCCUCUAAGUGGCUGUCUAUGAAUGUCCUGAUGCUGGAUCCCAAACGGGUCAUGUGUGAUGCCAAUGAGCAUACCAUCCACAAGAUGUUUCGAGGACCUUGGUGAGUGGAAUACCACCUACAUGUAUGACCUAUGACAGUUCAUUAGAAUCCCUCCACUAAGUAUUCUAUUCAAACAUUUAGUAUCUUUAUUUAGGGAUUGAUUGAUUUAUUAGUUUGUCUAGUUCAGAUAAAGUUCCAAAACAGACCUUUUGACAACUGCCAUCGAAUAAUGGAUACUAUUUACUCCUUCCUCUCAUUUAUCUGACUCCCUCCCUCCCUCCCUCCCUCCCUCCGUCCGUCCGUUCGCCGUCCGUCCCUUCCCUCCCUCGCCUCCUCCCUCCCUCCUCCCUCCCUCCCUCCCUCCCUCCCUCCCUCCUCCCCUCCGUCCGUCCGUCCCCUCCCCCUCCUCCUCCCGCCCUCCUCCGUUCUCCAGGUAUCAAGACCAUCAAGGUGGACAUCCGCCACGCCAACUCCCUGGGAGGAGGCUUCCACUGCUGGACCACCGACGUGCGUCGCCGUGGUACCCUCGAGUCCUACUUCCACUAG